CCGGAGUAGCUUUGCUGAAGGACCUUUGCCGGAGCAAAUUUUGUCCCUGAUGAUGAAGCUGCUGGUCCUGUUUUGGUUUCUCGUCGCCGCCGAUUCCCUGCCGGCGAAGCGCGACUGGAAGGGCGACGAGGAGACCCCGUCGCGGAGGGACGCGGGAUCGCUGAUGGAUGCCGCCGAGAGCAGGGUGGAUGUCGCCGUUGACAGGUUGAAGGAGAACUUGACAGAAGAAUCCAUAAAAGAAAUCUACGACCGAUUGUGCAUUGGGUUCGGAGUGAAUAGAAGGGAGGACCCAAUGGAUGAGCUAAACAGGCGGUUUUGCAUCGGCUUGUCGUGGAAGAGGAGCGGGGAGAAUGCCCUGGAGUCGCAAUGGUUCAAUAAAACCCCGGGGGAUGGGAGAAGAGUUCGGAUGUCACAAUGGGACGAAAAAGAGAAUGACGGAGGGGGUGGAAUGAUGGUGGUGAAGGAUGAAGGGAAUCGAAUCCAGGUCCUCCAGGUUCCCGGUCGAGUUUGCUACCACUACACCACCAAACCCAAGAACCUGAGUCGAUCUUCUCCAUCCCAUCCCUAA